AUGACAAGUGACCAAGUGGACUCCGGUAGUGCCCAGCAGCAGCAGCAGCAGCAGCAGAGACACAAGCACACGUCUUCCAUCUCUCCAUACGGCGUCCUGGAUAAACUGUUUGGGAAGCGUCUGCUGCAGGCGCGACAUUACAUCAUGUCCCGGAAGUCGUGGCUGAAGAUGGUUCCGACGGAGAACUGCGACAUCCUCAUGACCUUCCCAGACAGCAUCGACGACCACACCCUGCUCUGGCUCCUGAACCAGAUCCGAGUGGGCGUCCCACAGGUCAACAUCCAGGUCCGACAGCACAAGCACACGCAAGCUAACGCCUUCUUCAUUACCACCUCCUUCGAGAAUCUGCUGCGAGGAGCCGAGCACAUGGGGAUGCACAAGGCCGUCAAGCCGCAGUUCGGAGGAGGCAUGCGGCGCUUCUCCUGCGACGAGGACAACAUCUACGAGAACAUCGAGAGCGAGCUUUGCUUCUUCACCUCACAGGAGCGGCAGAGCAUCAUCAAGUACUGGCUGGACAACCUGCGAGCCAAACAGGGGGAGGUGCUUCACAACAUCCACUUCCUGGAGGGACAGCCAAUCAUUCCAGAGCUGGUGGCCAGGAGAGUGAUCCACCAGAUGUUCCCUCUUCACGAGCAGCGGAUCCUGAACCAGCUCAUGACGUCCUGGGUGCAGGCCGUCUGCGAGCGCCAGCCUCUGGAUAACAUCUGUGAUUACUUUGGGGUGAAGAUCGGGAUGUACUUCGCCUGGUUGGGCUUCUACACCAACUCCAUGCUGUACCCUGCAGUUAUCGGCUUCCUGCUGUGGAUCCUGGCGGAGGACGAUCAGACCAGCCAGGACAUCUGCUGCGUGGUCUUCGCUCUGUUUAACGUGGUGUGGGCCACGCUGUUCCUGGAGAGGUGGAAGAGGCGGGAGGCUGAGCUGGCCUACAGGUGGGGGACCCUGGACACCCCCGCAGAGUCCCUGGAGGAGCCACGGCCACAGUUCAGGGUGAGACGUGAACGCUGGAUGUGUUAG